UGUCACUUCUCCACGCUGAAAAAAAGAGCGGUAAAAACGUGGCAGAAACUUCCAGAGAUCCUACCGAUCUAUAAACCCGCGUCCUGUUCGGAUUUGUACGAGGUUAUAUUCUUGCAGUCUGGGGAAGAUUUGAUGCGGUUUCUGUGAGAGUUUUUGGCGGAUUUCUGACAUAGGUUUGCGCGCCAAACGCAGCCAGGGUAUGUCAGCUAUGACUGUCGUCUGUCGCUCUCUCUCUGUGAGGAAAUUCUGACGAAACCAAAGAGCACCCACGUUUAGGCGCCACUCCCCUAGCUAUGCUCGCUGCCACCUGUGACAAGAUCGGAAACAAGAGUCCACCGCCCCUCGCCGACGCCGCUAUCGGGAAAGGGUUCUACCCGUGGAAGAAGUCUCUCCCCGGCGCGAACAGCCACCACGUGUCCGCGGCCAGUCACGGAAACGGAGCCGUCUCCUCCCGACCCAUGCACAUGUCUCUCCAGGACUCUCUUCCCUCCAUGUCGACCAUGUCUGGUAGCGGUGGCUACCCGCUCGCCAGCACGACUUCCAACAGCAUGACUUCCUACGGCAGCGACCUGUUCUUGCAGAGCACUUCGGUCAGCACGUCGGCACACAACGACAGCGGCCAGCCGGCCAUCAUACAGAAGGUCCACGGUCCUGGGGUGGAUAGUCUGCAGAUGCAGGCGAGUAUGUACCCCCGGGUCGGCGUCGCGCACCCGUACGAGUCCUGGUUCAAGACCAACGGGCACCCGAGUCUGUCCAACGACGUAACGAACAGCGCGUCGGCUUGGUGGGACAUGCACACGGCCAACUCCAACUGGCUGGACGUACAGAACUCUAGCGGGCUGCACUCGCAGCUCGGGAACUACGGCACGGACUAUUCAGCACUCAGCCAUCCGCUCAACUCCACGCCGACGCACCUUCUACCGACAGGGCAGUCUCUACUCGCGCAGGACAGUUUUAAGUCGAUGUUGCCCUCAACGGACAUGAGCGGAUCGCAGCUGUCCGCCCCCCUACUCUCCACACCGGCCUUCGGGGCCACCGCGGGCGUGCGGAACUCCCGACGGUACACCGGGCGGGCCACAUGCGACUGCCCCAACUGCCAAGAGGCGGAGCGGCUAGGUCCCGCCGGAGCCGCCAUCCGCCGCAAGAACCAGCAUAGCUGCCACAUCCCCGGCUGCGGGAAGGUGUACGGCAAGACGUCGCACCUCAAGGCUCACCUCCGCUGGCACACCGGGGAGAGACCGUUCGUCUGCAACUGGUUGUUCUGCGGGAAGCGCUUCACCCGUUCUGACGAGCUCCAGCGGCACCUCCGUACCCACACCGGGGAGAAGCGCUUCGCCUGUCCCGUGUGUAACAAGAGGUUCAUGCGCUCCGACCACCUGGCGAAACACACCAAGACGCACACCGACGGCAAGAAGGGCAGCGACUGCUCCGACACCGACGAGAACAGCUGCGACACAUCGGGAAACAACCAGGCCGCCCUCGGCAACAUAAGCGCUUCCCAACCGACCGUCACCUCGCCCCAUUCCGGUGGCCAAGAAGGUCAGAAGGAUUCCAAUUAGCAUUCAAAAAGUCAGAGCUAGAACUUGUCUCAUAGCGGCUAGAGUUUGGGCUUUCCGAGUCCGAGCGCCGAAAAUGUUUUAUAAAAAUGUCCCGUCGCAUCGACAGUCUUUAGACAUUUGGACCGAGCAAAAAAAAAAAAGAUGUUACAAAACUAGCGAUUGUAAGUAUUGAAUAGUCCUUUCCAACAUAGAUAGAUGUGGAUACCAGCCACUGAACUCUCCAAAGUUGAGAAAAGUUUACACGAGACAUUUUCUAGUGUAGAAAACAUCAGUGUUUUACCAGCUGUUGCGAAAGUUCUCGCGUAACAUAACGGUCAAAACGUACUUGUCAAAAUGUGACGUGUUCUUCUUUGAGAAAAAAAAGCCAUAGAAGAAAUGUAUAGACCUUGCAGAAAGUAUAAUUUUUUUGACAUCAAACUCACGUUAAGUUGUGAGUGUUAUUAUACCAAAGCCAACUGCGAAAAUACAUCGCGCAUUCUGGACUAGGAAAAAAGACUCUUUCUACUUAAAACUAACAACAAACAAUAUCAAACCCUCUCCCUUCGGAUAUAAUAUCCUCUGGGAGAUGUAAAUGGAAAUUCACUUACAUUGUUUCGCUGUGGUAACUUCUCAUAUGUCCAUACUUCAACCAGUAUAUACCUCGUAGGUAGAUGUCUCUCAGCCUAUAUUAGAUGUCGUCGCUUUUCGCACAGCCGGCUCGAGCGAUAUCUGUGUAUGUAACAAAAGAAAAACAACAAGGCAUCGCUAUGGUACGCAUAUACAUCAAGUCUCUCCCAGUUUACUCACUGGAACUGUAAAUCAGUUGUUGGAUCAAUAUCAGAACUGGGAUGGAACAGUGAACACAUUGCCUACACCGUUUUUGAAACAGACGCAAGGCUUCAGAUUUCGUUCGCGUUGCUCGUUCAACUGCGUGAAAAUUCAUGGUUUGAAGGAGUGAUUCUGUGGAUGUUUGAAACAGUAGUGAGAUAGAAUGUUGGAAAAUUGUGACUGUACUUUCCUCAUUGGAAAGACGUUGAAAAUACCAUUGAAAGACAGAGAGAGAGAGAAAGUUGAGGGACUCUAAAAUAUUGCUAGCUCAUCUUUCGCAUCAUUUAUAUCUAAGAAGAGUUUCUAAGUUACAAAACAGAGUGACAAUUUCAUUGUCAUCAUAUCUUUUUCAAACAUCUAGCCAUGAACACUUGGUGGAUGCUGAGUUUCGCAACAGUGUCAUUUUAAAGCAUGUAAGUAUUCAACGACAAAACGAUACACACACAAAUUCACUUUGUUCUA